AUGGCGGUCAACUGGCGUGGUGACCUAGGCUUCUCAGAUAGAUUGGCGGCCACAGCGAAAAUGCAAGUCACGUACAGGAUAGCCAACCCAGACUGUUCGUCAACCGAGCCGUCUCGGAAUGCCAAGCUCCUAGAAGAGAAGGCACGCCAGAAUGCACUCUCGCUUCGAGAGUAUCAUGAGUUAUGCGCCAAGGCCGUCCAACUUCUGCUCAGUGCGCAGGCCGCCGGCAACGUAGAAGAUCGUCAUGUUGAUGAGCACAUCUUCCCCAAUCUGCCCCUUUCUGGCGCACAAAUAGGCCGCUAUGCCAAUGCUCAGCAUCACAGUGAUGGCCUGUUCUCCGAAGUCUUCAAAGCUGUUGAUCCUGAAGCCAGGAGUCACCAUAGCCGCUAUGAACUGGUUGCUUUGAAGAUCACGGUGCCAGAUCAGAUGACGCCACCGCAUGAUUCAAAAAAAGAAGCACGCAUUCUUGUAGCGGCUAACGGGGAGCACAUCAUAACUCUUCUUGAAGCCUUCCAACAAGCCGGGGGCCGAUUCGUGCUCGUCUUUCCGUUUCUACCACACGGUCUCGACGCUCUUUUGCGCCAAGGUACCCUCACGGGUGACUCACGGCGCAACAUCCUGAGGGACAUCUUCAGUGGGCUGGCUCACAUCCACAACCUAGGCAUCAUUCAUCGCGACAUCAAGCCCACAAACAUCCUGCUCUCCUCGCCUACAGGACCGGCUUUCUUGAUCGACUUCGGCAUUGCUUGGUCACCAUCCGACCCGGCUUCCGAACCCACCAUCGAGAAGAUUCUAGACGUUGGCACAACUUCCUACCGCCCACCGGAGCUGCUCUUCGGUCACCAAGCAUACGAGAACAAGCUCGAUAUGUGGGCUGCCGGAUGCGUCGCCGCUCAAGUCGCCUGUCUCGGCAGCAAGACCCUGUUUGAUGCUGGCGAUCUUGGGAGCGAGCUGGCACUCAUCAAAAGCAUUUUCGAGACGCUUGGUACGCCCGAUCUUGCCGUGUGGCCUGAAGCAGCGGCCUUUCCGGACUGGGCCAAGAUGAACUUUACGCAGUAUCCGGCUAGGCAGUGGCCGGCCAUCUUGCCGGAGACGGACGGAACGGCGGUAGACUUGGUCAGCAAGCUUGUCGUGUAUGAGUCUCACCAACGACUUACUGCUGAAGAGGCGCUGGAGCAUCCCUACUUGAAACGAGCGUCAAAGGGCCAAAUCAAUGCAUAA